AUGCUAAAAGCUGCUUAUGUUCAGAAACGACCCCAAUCGAGUAUUAAUAUUGAAGUUGAUGAGUCUGUAUUUGCAGAUUUGAAUAAAAACAAAACGAGAAGGCUUUCUGAGAAAAGAAGAUUCGAUAAGAUUCUGUCAGUUGAAGAGCGUCUCGCUUUAUCCUCAAUUAAAAUAUCAAAUCAAGUAAAGCUUCCUGAAUACCAAUUACCUAAUAACAGCCAUUCUUUGAUAAAAAAUUGGAAGAAGGCUCUCAAUGACAAAGUGGACGUGUUUUUACAAAAACCUCCUCCUACAAACAGAGAAGAAAUGAUAAUUGCCAAUAUUCUCUCUACCUUAGAUACUUCUUCUUUCUCGUUGCUAGAAGGAGUGCCCAAGGAGUACCUUACGACACGCCCGGACAUCAUAAUAAUUUGUUAUGAACGUGUUGAAGUGGGCUGUGGAGAGGUUAAGCCUCCUAAAAAAAGCAGAGAUCUUAUAGACAUUGACAGAGCAAGAAUAGCCGAAAUCUGCAAAAGGCAAUUACACCUUCGCCUUCAAACAAGUUCAUCAACCAAAGAACAUUGUACAUUUGGAAUACUUGUUGGAGAAAUAGGAAUGUUGUUGAUGUGGUAUUUUGAAAUUGAAAAGAAAUACUUUAUCGAUUAUGAUACAGAACGUCUCUCUUUGAACCUUUUUGGCGUAGGACACUUAGGUGCAUUAGAGAUUGGUUAA